AAGUUGUCCGUAGUAGCUAUAUACAGACUGUGCUCUAAAUAGGCCUCUGAACCAUUUUCUUUUUGUUAUGCUGUUGAGAAGGACUUGUUUUGUUUGAUUUAUUUUCCGGACUUAUGUUUGGAUUGAGAAUUUUUCACAGACCUAAGUUCUGUAUUGAUAUUAUUUUAAAUAAAUAUAAAAAAAAUAAAAAAAUAAAAAGAAAGACGAAGAAGAGGCGGAGGAGGAGGAGACGGAAGUGACGUCACAGUUUACACCAGUAGCACGUACCCGGCUUGAACAGACAGGUAAACUCAUUUCUCACCUGCUCACAGUAGGAUAAAGUCAAUGAAAUAUGGACACAGCAUAGUAUUGAACAGUUUAGUGUCGAAGGAAAUGAAUUGUCAGAACUGUAAUUUCUGCAUUGCUACGGAGUUUAAGCUAACGGUAUGCUAACAUAAGACGUUAUGAAUGAGACGCGUUGCUAAGGUGACCAGCCAUCCAAAAGUUCAGUUUGAGGUUGCGCCACAGUCAGCCCGUCUUGCUGUGUAAAGCGUUUGAUACGACGACGGGAGUGAGCGUGGUUCUGUACUGACAAAGCACCAAAACACGUCCUCCUUAUACUGUAAAGCUACUUUCAGGCUAAGUGAUGAGGCCCUGUGGGUUCCUACCAGGAAGGACCUGAUGUCUAGGUCUUCUGUAAUGUAUAGAAGUAGUGCAGAACUUUUUGGUGUUGUCAUAUGUUACACUUUGCGUAACGCUGGAUUCACAGACUGAUUUCUCCUUUAAGCCAUGACAACCGACUCGUCCCUCCUUAACUCUGAGCUGGAGUUACAGCAGCAAGAGGAGCUGUACCAACAGCUGCUGCUGCAGGUAAGACUUACUUACAGUGGAUUCAUUUUAUGUGGGUAUACAUACAUUUGCGCUCAACAGCAUUCACUGUGACAAUAAAUGAAGACUGCCGGGAAAAAAGCAUGAAUAUGUUAGGUGUGCUCAUAUAAACUUGUGAUGAAGAAAGUUUAUAUGAGCACACCUAACAUAUUCAUGCUUUUUCCCCUCCAGUCUUCAUUUAUUGUCACAGCUGUAUUGACACAGCCAUUACAGCAGUGGAGUUUUGAGAAUGACACAAAUAUGACUUUUCACAAAGUCUGCUGCUUCAGUUUUUUAUGAUGGCAAUAUGCAUAUACUCCAGAAUGUUAUGAGGAGUGAUCCGAUGAAAUGCAAUUAAUUGCAAAGUUCCUCUUUGCCUUGAAAAUAAACUUAAAGGUGGGGUAGGCAGGAAUCCAUUAAAGAAGCAUCUUUUUUCAUGGUGUAUAUACAAAAAAGCUUUUAAUAUCAGCCAAUAGUCAUUAGUUAUUGAUGACAUUUGGUAAUAUAACAAUAUUGCUGUGUUUUGUUAUGUCUGUGUAGUCAACAUUUUGAAAUUUGAGCGGCUCACUCUUUCUGACUGUAAACAAAGCCAUUCCACGCCUCCCCCAUCCUGAUUGGCUGUGAGGCAGACGCUGCUCCCCUGUGUUGUUCUGUAGCCCAAGUAAAGUUAGCGUGCUACAAUAACCGAAAUAGCCGAAACCCUAAUCCAUGCUUUCAUAACAUCCAGACUAGAUUAUUGCAACUUCAUCUUAUACGGCUCAUUAUCCAAAGUCCUCAAUAAACUCCAAUACAUUCAAAACUCUGCUGCCCGCCUGCUCACCCGCACCAACUCCCGAGAACACAUCAAUCUGCACUGGCUCCCCAUCCCAAACCGCAUACAGUUCAAAAUCCUCCUGCUCACCCACAAAUCACUCAGCAACCUGCCCCCCAUCUACCUCACAGACCUGCUCCACCACUGCAACUGUUUUUUUUUUUCAUUUUAUUUUCUUCUUUUUCUUUGUAAGGCGUCUUUGAGCACCUGCAAAAGCACGUUAGAUAUAAAAUGUAUUAUUAUUAUUAUUGUGAAAUGUUUGUAAUUAUACUUUAGUAUAACAUAGAAACAUCUGACAAAAAGAUCUAAAAACACUGAAGCAGCAGACUUUGUGAAAAUUAAUCAGUUUUCCUUUUAAAAAUUGGAUUUUAUAUCAAUGGUUGAAACCUGUAUUAUAGACGGUGUAAAGUUAUUUCAAAUGGUGGAUAAGUGAAGCUAAAGCAUUAACACUGCUUGAUAAAUCCACCUCUUUUCAUUGUGCUAAGACCCCAUGCUUUUCUAAUAACUGUAUUUAGCUUGCUGAUAAGUUGAUCCCAUGUAUCAAAACCACAUGGAUCUGCAAACUGUUACUAAGCCUGAAAAAAACUGUUGUUCCUUGAUCCAGACAAUGGGAAAAAUGCAGACUGAAAAUCCAGACUCCAAAGUCAUUCGGCCACUUCCUGGUAAGUGUCUAACAAGCACAUUUGGAACCAGUUCCUUCUUGUGUUGAAUUUAUUUCAUGUAUCUCUUACCUUACAUGUGUUUUUGAUUUUUCUUCUUCACCCUCCCUUCCUUCUCUCCCUCCUCAUAGGCAUGUGUGUAAAGACCAUCUCAGAGCCAGGCAAACAGAAGAUCUUUGUCAACAUCUGUCAGUCACAUUCAGUCCCACAGCCACCAGAACUAACAAGAGAAGAGCUUGUGGAGCUGCUACAGUCUGAAGAUCCUAGUGGUUACAGAGUUCCCAUGAGCCUUGGCGAGCCACACACUGAAAUAGACAACAGUAAGUGACCGCGGGCCUGUUGAGAUUUUUAUGUUUUUUUCAGCAUGAUGACACAAAUGAAUAACUUUUAUGUACUCCUUUAUUUCCAUUGAUCAUCCUAGCUUUACAGACUAAUGCUGUGUAAAGAUUUACCUUAAAUGACUUAAAAAGAUGACUGCAACACAUCCUAGUUGUGGUGCACAACCCCAAAAAUUUAUGCGACACAGACCUAAGUGCAAUGUCCACCUCAGCAGGGGUCGUAUUGAGGCAGAGGGGAAGUGACACUCAGCACAGCUGCAUGUAGUAUUUAUAAUUAUGCUCAUAACGCAGCAGAUCGCAUCUGAAAAUGUCAGGCUACACAGCAAGUGUAUGUCCAGCCCUGUGAGAUACUAACAAAAAGGCAAAGUGCUCCAUCUAAAUGACAAGAAAAUUACAAACAGCCUGUUGCAACAUACAGUUGAAACCAGAAGUUUACAUAUCAUAUGGCCGACAUAUCACACAAAAAAUGUAAACAUGAUAGGAAUGAACAAAUGAAUGAAUUCAUCUUGGAAAUGAAUGAGACAUGUCUGGUGCAUGUUAAAAGCGCAUGUUGAACAGUGCUAUUUCAGGGUGAUAAUGGCAUCGAAGAUUUUUUACACACUAUACUUCUGCCAGCAUUCCUUCUGUACUUUUGCAGCGGCGACGGUGUUGCUUUUGAGGUUUAUGAUAGAUUUGAAUUCUCAAACUGUCAUUGGAAAGGUUUCUGUUCAGACUUGUUGGUUCGAUUACCCCAUCAUUACAAUACACUUUUGGCUCAGGUCAUGAUAGCGGCAGGUUAUAAAGUUAUGUGUGGGCGCAUUCUGCUGAUGUCAAACUAAUCUUUAGGAAUGACAUUUAGACAAUGCCAACUCUGGUUUUUUUUCUUCCUUUUUUAAUCUCCUCAGAGAUUAUUUAUGACAGACAUUGUGUAUCCAUCAAUUAGACAGACGGUUGAGAUCAAAUACUUCAAGUGGCCUCGAGAAGAGCCUUGUGACACCUGUUUUUCCUAAAGUCAAGUCGUGGGUGGAUGAAUAAGACUUUGGUUGUACAAGAGGAAAAAUUCCUAAAUAAAUUAAUGUCACAUGUGAAUGUUGGAUCUCUUUUUUUAAACUACAUAAAGCAGAACUACAUUUCAGCCAAUUUUAUGGUAUUCUUUGUUAUUAUAUUUGAUUAUCAAAUUCUGUGACUGCAUCCAUUUUUCUGCCUCAUUGAAAUCAAUCAGCUCACCAAAGCUGAAGCUGUAACUCUUAAAACAUCAGAGUACAUUUCUGGAUGAGAAGUGGUGCAUUCAUCAAAGCACUGUUGGAUCAUUCAGGACCAUGUGCUCAUUUUCUGAAGCUCUUGGCAAACAGGAAAUGCUUCUCAAUCACAGCCAGAUCUCAUCUGUGAAGCCAUAGAUCUCAAGCAGAGGAAGCCUUCUUCCUGUAGUUCCCAGAUUUAUAGAUACUGAGAGUGACAUUUUAGAUUCAUGCUCAAUUUGAUUACUGACCACACUCUGAUUUAAAGUGCUGGACUUUCACUCGUUCUCUGGUCUUUGUUCCAACAUUUGACUCUCCUUAACAGCUGUGGGGAUGAUAGCCAGGAAGUAUUUAGCCCAGAGAUAGAAAUCUCUUUGACCCAGGUCCCAGUUUUGUCUUGAUAGUCCUCGUGACUCUAGAGCCUGCCCUACUUCACUAGUGACACUUUGAAAACUUCAAAUACAGUACAGAAAAAUACAGAAAACUUAAAAAUACAAUAUUUUUAAUAAUUGUCAACAUUAUUAUUAUUAUUGUUAUUGUUAUUGUUAUUAUCAUUAUUAUUAUUGUUGUUGUUGUUGUUAUUAUUAUUAUCAUUAUUACUGUUAUUGUUAUUAUUAGUAUUUUUGUUGUUGUUGUUGUUGUUGUUGUUGUUGUUGUUGUUGUUGUUAUUAUUAUUAUUAUUAUUAAUUGUCGUGUUAGCAGUAGCAGUAUCUUUUUUUGUAAGUAUAUAUUUUCUUUUUUAGGCUCUCAAGGUUGCACAGCGUAUGAUGUUGUCAUCAACCAAGACUUCUUCCAGAAAUGCCAGGUAUGUGUGUGAGAGAGAGAGAGAGAGAGGGAGCUGGAGAGACAGAGGGGUUUAGGUUUGAUUGCAUAUUUGCAUCAUUACAGGGUUAGUUGUUAUUUGCAUUCUCGCCUCAACUCAACAAGGCCCUUACACUCAUCCAUUGUCCGGUUUUAUAGAAAGUCAGUCCAUGGUUCCAUGCCUUUCUUUAGUUAGUAUCUAGUAUGAGCCUAACUCUUGGCAAAAGCAGUUUUACCACUUUGGUUGCCAUGAUCUAGAAACUCAUUUGAAGAAGUAUUAUUAAUUAGAGAGAGUCUCAGUUUGGUCUAACUGCAGAAUUUUGUUGGUUGAUGUGUCUCUGCUGAUAGUGAAGUAGUACGGCAAGCUUAACAGUCAUAACAACAGUAACAGUCAACAGUAACUUGGCAAACUAUUUGAAGGAAUAAAGAGAUUGUUUGUCUAAAAUUGCGUACUAAAUAUCAACUGUAAAAAAGCUGUUGUCUUUUCUGGAUUCACUGAAGAAAUAAUAUAAAAUUUACUGUUUUUAGUUGUGUCCCUUUGAUCAAGCUGUUCAGCUCUUUUUCAAUUGUCUCUUAACCUAUAGGGGGGUUUUAGAUUUUGUACUGAUACUGUAUUAAGGUUAUCUUCCUUUGAUAAAAAUGCUGUUUAGAACAAACUGAAGUCUCCACCUUUACUUAUUUAACUCUAUAAGUGUGUGUUUGUGUGUUGCAGAAGGAUCCGCUCUUCCAGCAGUUUGUUAUUCUAGUGUCUUUAGAGGGUCUGGAGAACAAAUACAACCUGGAGCUAAGUAGAGGUUGGUGUUAGUCUGUUUUUUUAGUGCUCCUUAUCGGUUUUAUAAUUAUUUAACAUGUUUGAUGUGUUUCUGCAGACUGGAAGGUGCUGAAAAACAGGAAGUUUUUGGGUUCGAUUAAUGAACAAAAUAUCCGGACUAAGAGCAAACCGGUGAUCCAGGAGCUGCAGCCUCAGUAUGUUACUCUGUCUCUGUUUGAGCUUUGAAUAAGAUGAAACAUGUGUAGCUCCUGGGUGUUAACAGGAAUUGGAAGAACACUGAGUCAAUGAAUUUGAUUAAAUGUUACAGUCAGGGAAUGAAAACUCAGGGCUUUGUUGUAUUUGAAUCUAUAAGUUUGUUUUCUCUCCCCCACUCUCUCUGUCCUGUUACAGGGAAAGCUCCACUGCCACAGCCAAAAGGUAAAGCUCAUACGUUUCUCACUUUUUCUUUGGUUCUCUCUGUUUAAUCUGUUUAUAAGCUCCACUUUUUCCUCCAGUAAGUUUUAGUUAUUCUAAACUCAUUUCCUCUUCUUCAUAUUAUCAGUCACUCAUUCACUAUUUUUACUCUCUCCAGACCAGAGUUCACUUUGCUUGUGGAGCCUCCCACCGGUGAUCCUGAGUACCUCAUUGCAGAGAUAAAGCUACCAGGGGUGGUAAGACAUACAGUCAACAUAACCUAUUUUGGAAAUAAGAUUCAGGACUGCUUAACUGUGUACUCUAAGUCUGUGGAGUAACAGGUCUGCACUGUCAUCAGUUAGAGUAAGUUUACUCUUGAGCAGCUACAGCCAGACGUGCUGGAAGGAGGAAACAUCCUGCUAUUCUCCAGGCGCAAAUAUUUUUGUCCUCUUAUAGUGAAACUCACCUCGAGGUCUUUGUUAAAAAAAGAAAAAAAAAGGAUAAAAAAGAUGUGACCCUUUUUGAAGAUCUGAGCUUUGAAAUGAGCCCAAAGCUACUUGAGUGAUAUCCUAACAUCCUUAUCUAUAUCUGACUUAAAAUGAGAAGCAUAUCUCCUUAACGGUUUUAAUAGGUGCAGGAUAGGGGAGCUUGACAAGGAUAUUUACAAUUAUGAUAUUAAUUAUGUUAAUUUCACUCAUAUAGCAUUUUCCAAAACAAGUUACUAAGUGCUCAAUAAGAUUCAGAACAAGCUAGGCUUCAGUUAUAGUUAUAAAAAGGUGGUAUACUAGUAAGUAAAAACAGAUAAGGAAUAAUCAAGAUCCAGUUAUGUGAUAUAACAACAAAUACAUGGAGGCCAAGGCCAAGAAAAAGCUAUACAUGGAGGGAGGCUUUAAGAAAUCCGAAACUCUCCUCUAUCACCUGGCUUUUUUUUUGACUGUUGGCUUUUUUAUUGGUUAAAUUGUAAAUUAAAGAAGCAAUCCCCGUGUUUUAUAGACUGUCAAAGGCCAAAUGUAAACAAGAGUGAGCGGUCUCAAGCAACGAUACAUUUUAGUAUUUUAUCUGGGAACUAUUCGCAGGAUUAUGGAUACGUCGCUCUCCGCUGCCCCUGCUGGCCGCCCCCUCUCUGUGCAGAACUGUUUUGCUGACUUUUGUAUGCAAAAUCUGGCCCACAAAGUUUGAGCUCAACCUCAGUUAUGUUUAUACAAAGAGACUCUGACUUCUGAAGUUGUCUCUGUGUUUUCUCUGGAUCUGAUAUUAUGAAACCACAGCUGUUUGAUCAGCACCUGACAUUAUAUUUUCUUCUUUUGUUAUUAAUGGUUGGUUAGAAAACUGCCUUCAGAUGGAAAGUAGUGCCAGGCCCUCGUAAAAACACUCAUAGAAAAUGACUUUUUUAAAGAUGAGGUUAUAGUCACAUCAAGCAUUUGACUUUUCCAUAAAUCAAUAAGCAUUUCGAUCUUUAAAAAAUCAGGAUUAUCCCAAAUUUAAACACCAUCAACAGAUAUUAUGUUCUGAUUUGGUCACUAACCUAUCAGUCGUAUAUGCUUGCUUAUAUGAUGCUAUAAACUGAGUUUUUAACUUGUUUUUUAUCUUGUCAGGUUAGAAAAAAGCAGAGUGAAAAAAUGAUAGUUACACGUCAAGAUAAAAUCUUGCGUUAAUCAAUGCACAAUGGAUUGAUGAAUGUGACAUAUAUGAAGAUGAAAUUCUUCAUCUCAUUCCAAAGUAAACCAUGUCAUUACAUUAACAUCACAUGUAUGGAUCCAUGGUGUACCUCAGCCUAAACUGUGUUCACUUAUCUCCCAUCCAGCCAUCGUCUCGCUCUCUGGUUUUGGAUGUCGGUGAAGAUCGUCUGGUGUUAACAGCUCGACCGUCACUCUUUCAUCUGGACAUUUUUCAUCCGUUCUUUAUAGACCAGGAGAAGAGUGUGGCACAGUACAACAACAGCACUCAGGUGUCAAACACAAACACAAACAAAAACACACAUAGUUUUUACUUUGCAAAUCACUCAAAGUGUAACACCAACAGCAAAAAGUGAAGUGGGUUUGACUCUGUGCUGUGUUUGACACAAAAGAAAGGGUCAGCCCCCCAAAAAAGCUUAACUAUGGAAAAAAAAACUCAAUCUGAGGAAAUAUUCCUUUAUGGAGGAAUAAGAAACUCUAACGGCCUUGCAUUAAGACACAUGCCUAUAGUGCAGUGGGUAUAUUUUCUUCAUUAGAGUAAAACUUUUAAAAGAACACAAAAUAAAAGAGCAGAGGCGAUACAGAAACUCGCUUUACAGCGUGUCAGUAAAGCUUAAAAAGAGUAGAGUACAGUAUUUCACCAAAUAACCAGUUAAACAAACUACUCACACAUGUCAUGUUUGUUUGUUCCUGUGUUCACAGAUCCUUACAGUCACCAUGCCUGUGGUGUCUUCAUGAGACUACACAAGUUUUCUCCAGUGAUUUAUGUCUCACUCAAAAAAGAUGCCAAAAUAAUGUGAUUUUUUUUUUCUAUUUAAAUAAAACCCAAUUUUUCACUUCUUUGUUUGUUUACUUUGGGUGAAAGAAGUCAGGGUAAACUGUUACAUUAACUGAUUGUUAAAAUGAAUAAAUACACAUAACUGCCAUGAAAAACUUGAGAAACACAAGAUACGAGAUACUUGUGCUCUAAUGAGAAGACUUGAGAGCUGAGUAAGAAAAACUCUCAUUACUGUUAUGACCUGAUGGGCCUCCUAUAAAAGCUGUAAAAUUAGAGGCUCAGUCUGAUAAUCCAAUAUCAGCAACACAGAGCCCUGACUAAAUUUUCGAAAAAAGAAAGAGAUGACAUCUUACAAAAACAAGUCAAUAAAUUUGAGUUUCAAGAGGAUUCUGCACACCUGAACUUCAUCUUUUAAAUGAGGGAACAAUUUAGUUAGGUCCACCUCUUUCUUCCUGCCUUAAACCUCCUAACACUGGUGGCUGAGAAGUGCAGCCAGAACGGUGAUCACUACAAUCUGAACCGGAUGCAUUGCAGCCUAAACUAGGAUCAGCUCGAGAUAAAGUGUGGUUACUCUCCUCUUUUUAUGUGUGGAGCUUUUCCUGUGAGCAAGAAACCUCCCCUUUCAUGGAAAAAAUGAAUGAGUGAAGCAGUCAUCCUUCUAUUUCUGGGUCUGCUAGCCUCCUCCCUCACAACUCUUUAUGUCUCUCCACCUUACUGGUACUGAUCAUACACAUCUGUUACCCUAGCUCAGCACUUAAUUUUGCGUCCAGAGGCAGAAAUGCUGUGAAUUUUCUCACGGACGGUUGAAAAUAGAAUGUUUUUGCAUAUUGUGAGUGGUACUUCUGGCAUGGAUUAUUUUAAGACUUCCUGGUUGUUUUGAAAUAGAAAAAGGGAAAUGAAUAUAUUUUAAAAAAACCUAAGGGCAAGUAGAGACAAGACUGUUAGACAUUUGAUAAGUCUCUCCUCAUGCACAAAACCACAGUGAUAUAUUAUGGAGUAAAACAAUAGCCACAGAGGAAAUCAAAGCAGGUCUAAAAAUAGAAGGGUGACUUCUUCACUUAUUCAUGUGGGGGGUGAUGUUGGGGUUCUGGUGGGACUCUCUUUCACAUAACAGCUCACUCAUUGUGUAUCAUCCCACUUAUAACCCUGUCACCAACUAAAGACACAAACAAGUUGACACUAAGUGUUAAUUCAAAGAUGUUUUUAUUGAAUUAAAAAUGAUUAAAUAUCCAGCUAAAACGCAA